CAACGACCUAGCCCCUUUUCCUUUCCACUGCCUCUCGCUCUUCUAUAACCUCUUCCUCCCUUCCUUCGACUUCUGAUCUCACUGCGUGAUACUCCAUCAUCGUUGUCUCUCUCUCUCUUUCUACAAGGGCUGUCACUCGUUUCCAGCUCCAUUCACUCUUUUUUCCACACAAAACCCCCCCAGCGACAACUCAAACACCUUAAUCCUUGCGGUUUAUACCAGUCAAUUCAAACCACAUUCGACACCCCUGUAUCUUACAGCACGAACCAUCUUUCCCAACUCCAUUCUUAACCGCCUGGCUGUCCCCGCCUCGAUCUCAACUUCUCCAGAUAGCCAAGAAGAAGAAAGAAAGAAAGUCCGUCGAAGUCAAGAUGCAGUUCCUCAAGGCUCUCCUCAUCGCCAGCGCCGCUUUCGCGCCCUUUGCCUUCGCCACUGAAGUCCAAUCUGCCACCUCCGCCGUCACCAAGACCGUCACCGUCAAGGUUGUCAGCGCCACGCUUUCGUCGACAGCUACUCCUACCCCAACUUCCUCUUCCACUACCAGCACCAGCACCACCACCACCAAGAGCAGCACCCAGAUCAUCAAGACCACCAGCUUCUCCGCGACUCCUUCGUCGACUGCUUACUCGUUCCACCCCAGCUCCAGUGCUGCUGUUUCCUCCAUCGUCGUGGUUCCCUCCUACUCUAGCACCGCUGCACCCUCGUCUUCCUCUGCUCCCAUUCUGACGGGUGCCGCUGCCCCUGCUGCAAAGCUUUCCGGUGCUGCUCUUGGUGCCGGUGCCGUUGCCGUUGCCGGUCUCCUCAUGUUCUAGAUCCAGCUCUAGGAUUUUCAAAACGCUUAGAUCUCAUCAAUGUUCUCUUUUCGUUUUAUUUUCUCAACUUCCAUCUAUUGGGUGCAUGAUUCCCUCCGAGUAGGGCGAAUAUAGAUCAGAGUCGGCUUCUUCAUCGUUAUCUCUCUCUCUCUCUCUCUCUCUAUACCAGCCUGUCAACCAGGGUCUGCGGCCUACUACCUCUUUCCCUAUGUCCAUGUCUUAUCUUCACUUCUUCAACUACGUCAACUCUUACUACUACUACCUUUCAUAUAAUACCACGCACGCCUCCAGCGCAUAUGUAUUGAUAUUCUGCUACAUAUUAUCUUUCACGUUUUCGUCAAUGUCCGUCUCCUGGUUUCUCCAACGCCGCUGCAAACUUAGCUGGGACUCAGCCUGUACGAUGACGAAUCACGGUUUCUUCUUCUUCUUCUUCUUCUUUUCUAAUCUUUUUUCCAAUAAUUGCUAAAAGAGUUUCUUUUUUUUUUCUUUUUUUUUUUUUU